UUUAACAUCUAUUUAUAUUUUAAGCUAAUAUUUAUUGUGAUUUAAACAAGUUUUCCUGAUAACUUCUGUUAAAGGGACAUUUUUUUUACUUAUUGUUGCACCACUCUGUUAACCGUUUUUGUAAUAAAUUUUCUUUUCCUAAAAGCCGAAAAUGUAAGAUCAAAUAAAUAGCAGAUGAACAACAAACUAUCAAAAUAUUUGUUUAUGAUACGCACUCCGAAACGAACAGUUAUGUUUGCUUUGUAACACCUGAUUUAAUAUCGGCUGGUAGUUUGGAAACAAACGUUAAUGGUAUAAAAGCCAUCAAUAGCUGUUUGUUCAUGUUAGUUUCAAUUGUUUCACCAUGCUGUUGAAAUUUUCGUAUCUCGUAAUCUUUUUGGUGUUCUAUUCUCACCUGACUCAUUCGAUCAAGCGAAGAUGCCUUCAGCCGCUGGAAGAGGGCACAGGAAAAGCCUACCUGCGCAAUUGGUUCUACAACUCCACAUCGCAUAGGUGCCAAAGGUUUAUUUUCUUUGGUGGUGUGAGGAAUGGCAACAACUUCGAUACCCAAGCUCGGUGUCGCAAAAUUUGCCUAGCCCAACUGCCUAUGCCACUAAAUAAUUUAACCAGUGAUGAUGGAGCUUAAAAAGAACAAAGAUUCGAAUCAAGUACAAAAUAAUAAAUGAGACUUAAAUAAGUUAAGGCGAAGCCGGCUAAUUGCAUUUUGUGUGAAACCGUUGAGAAAAUGGCUUUGAAGCUGCGCCCAUAUUUUUUUACUGGCAUGCGCAACAAAUAAUUUUUAUGUCU